GCUUAUGUAGAAAUGUACGCGAGGUUGCUAUACAGUGUGUUUUCGCUUUGUGUUAAUAAUGAGCUAAUGCUUCACCUCGAAUGCCUAAUAAUUUAAUGUUCUAUCUAUCUAUCUAUCUAUCUAUCUAUCUAUCUAUCUAUCUAUCUAAACCAGCUUAAUCCAGCGCAGGGUCGCGGGGGGCUUUUGUCUGUCCCAGCAAGCAUGGAACAUAAGUCAGGAGCAGUUCCUGGACAAGACGCCAGUCCAUCACAGGGAGAACACAUUCACAGACAUGGUCAUUUGUACAAGUGUAUUGACGCACACCUUAACGAAUGGAAGCACCAGUAGAAACAGUUUCACCAAUUCCAGCACAUGUCCUCGAUAUCUGGGCAAUAGUACUGGUCAUUUUGGCCACCAUUGUUGUUAUGACUUCAGUGUUGUUUUGUCCAGCUGUGACUGUUAUAAUAUACAGAAUAAGGACAAAUCCAGCAAGAAGUGAGACAGUAUAAAAGAGGAGUUUUCUUGAUUCCCAAUAUUUAUGACUGCCACAGUGUGCACCACUUAAAACAUCAGGAAUAUCCUUUUCGACCAUAUUAUUUUAAUAUGCUCACACAAACUGGAUUAUUAAAACCUUAUAGUGUUAAUUACAUUUUGUGAUUAGACACAAAGGGAAGGUUAUUUUUUUAACCAAUGUGAACCGAUGAAUGUAAUCUUGCACAAAGGACAAGUCUACAUGUCUUUAAGACGUAACAUCUACGAAAAUGCCUUGAAUCAUUUUUCUGGAACAUGGAAUACUAUACAGUGUCAAAAACUUUGUUAUUUAAAAAAAAAAACGUUCUUUGACCUUUGUGGAGUUUAUCUACAGGCUGAUCUUAAUCCAAGAGGCCAGACGAAGUACACAAGAUGAAAAAUCAAUGAAUAUUUAAAAUGAUAUUUACCCAAGAAAAACCUGGGAUAAUAAGUCAAUUGCUAAAAUCCUUCUCAGCCAUAAUUUUUAGCAUCAUAUAAAAUAUUUAGCUAAGCAAUGUGUCCGCUAAAUCCUGAGCUGAAGAACACAAUUGGAAAAACAAUGAAACUGUUUCUUAUCACAGAGAUUAGUGGAAAUGUGAAAUCAAGAGCUGACUUCCCAGUCAUUUAGGUAAAACAAAUAUCCUGUUACUGUUUCAGACAUUGGCUGGUCUGGCAAUAUAUAUUGAGUAUAUAUUGAAUAGUGUCCUCUUAUUAUUUAUGUUUUGAAUAAAGAAAAAGUGUUCGGCAAUUUAAUUUGACUAAACAUAGAUUAUUUAGAUUUUUCAAACAUUGAAAGAACAUAAAGCAAUAAUAACUAAAAAGGGAUUGUUUUUUGUUGCGCAUAUAGUGAAAGAUCUAAGACCUGGCAAAGGUAAUAGAAGGGAAAUAAGUGUAUGCCUUAACUUGUGCCAAGAAAAAUAAGUUUCUUUAAAAUUACUUGUAUUUGCAUUUUGUAUUUUAUGUUUUACAUGUUACAAUUUCAGUGUUUAUUUAUUUAUUAAUUAUAUAACAGUUUGUGAUCUCUGUUAAAGAAAAAAAUAUCCUUGGUGCUUAUUUUUGUAAACUGCGUCAAGCAGAAUUUAUGUUUCAUAAAUGUUUUCUUCCAGUCGGUUUUCUUUUGUACAAUUUAAUGUCAUAAAUAACAUCUUGAACUAUAUUGGCAAUAAUGUCAAUAAAUAUAAAUAAUAUAAAUAAUAA